GAAAAGAGCAGCUGCCUGAGUGAGUGAAUGAAGGAAACGCAACGGAGAAACCAUGAAUGAGGAAUUCAUAUCUGAAAAGUAUGAUCUUGCCUUGCUCAUCGAGGAAAACUCCAAAGUUCCAGUUUAUCAGAGGAAAUUAAAGGAUCUUCAAAACCAGUACCACAGUGUAAGGAAGACACGGGCAGAUGGGAGUUGUUUUUACAGAGGACUUUGCUUUGCUUAUCUGGAAUUUCUCCUGGGCAAAAAGCAAGAAAUUCUUAGAUUUAAACAUCUUGUGGUCCAGAGUAAGAGUGAAGUCCUAAUGGCUGGGUUUCAAGAACACUUGUUUAAACACCACUAUGAAACUUUUCUUAGCAUUGUAGAGCUGGCAGAACUAGAUGGGUCUAUCUCCAGUCUUCUAAAAGCCUUCAACCAGCCGUGCUCCUCAGACAGCGUUGUGCUUUACGUGAGACUUGUAACAUCUGCCUAUCUUAGGAACCGCACCGAAUUCUACCAGCACUUUAUCAGAGAAGGAAUGACUGUUGUGGAUUUCUGUGCACAGAACGUGGAACAAAUGGCUACUGAGUGUGACCACAUCCAGAUUAUUGCCCUAACGCAAGCUCUCGAAAUUCCUCUUCAGGUGGAAUAUGUGGAUAAAACAGAUAACGUGAUUAAUCAUCAUAUAUUUCCUGAAGGACGUAGUCCCUCUGUUUUCAUGUUGUUUCUGGAACAUCACUUCAAUAUACUGUACAGAGAAGAGGUACAAAAAGAAGAGAAUGCGGAGAGUUCAAAACAUUAAGAAAUGAAUGAACUGAAAUAUUUUUAUACAUAUAAUGUAAAUCAUCUAAAAAAUAAACAAAUCAGUAUUUUCUGUGUUUAACACAGUUCUCUACAUAGCAUACUUCUAUAAUUCUCUGAGGGAGUUAUUUAUCAAAUAAUGCAAAAAACUAAAGAAAAUAAAUAUUUUUUUACUAUAAAAUCCAAAUUUUUAUUGGAAAAAAACCAUAGAAUUUUUCUAGAUUUAAUAUUCCCCUGAAGUUGCUAAAAGUCAGAAUCCAAAAAUAUUCCAUCUUCAACCUGUCGAGGCCCUAUAGAAUUGAUAAUUUGGACAUUUCUGGGUUUUCCGCGGAUUUCAUGAAAAAUUCUGACUUUUCAGGCUUUUCUGACUUUUUUAAUGAUAAAUAAGGGUAAAUCGUGGAUUCUAGUUUGGUCUGAUUUUUUUUUUAUUAAUCAGAAAUAUUCGGAUUUUAGUAAAUAACCCCCUAAGUUAACUAGUUUGGUCAUAUAGAGAGAUGGAAGCAGGACAUUAUAGACUGAUUGAACUGAAACGCACAAUCCAUGGCUUUUGUACUGGCUCUGUACAUUCUACUUAGUGCUCUUAAACAACCUAAUAAUUGUAUGGAAAAUAAAAAAAAGGCAUAUAAGCCAUUAUCGCAUUCUGAAAAAGGUACCUUGACCAAAAGACUAAAUUGAUAAAAGUGCCUAGCUUUAUUGCAUACUAAAAACAUAACAAUUUAAUGUGUCCUUCGCUAGAAUGCCAACAAAAUAAUGAUACAGUACCUGAAUAAACAAACUGAAUGCUGAAACUAUAGUAUCAGAAGUCUAAAAUAACGAGGAUGUAUCAAUACACAGAAAAUUACGAUAAUGUGCUUGCAACAACAUUAUAUAAGGGCCAUAUGCACUAUAAAUCUGCCCACUUAUACCCAAAUAACUAUAAUUUUGUCUUCUUUCUUUUCAUCAUUUACAGGUGCUACAGGGAUGUUAUUUACUGAGAUGCUUUAGUUUUCAUUGUCACUCUAUAUUUCUGCUGUUCUGUUGGUUUUUAUGUCAGUUGUAUGAAUGUAUCCCAACAGAGGGAAGGCUUUUUUUUUUUUAAUGCAUUUUGACAUUUAAAUUCAUGGGCUAAUUUUCGGCUUCCAUUUCAUAAACAUAUUUAAAGCACGAGCA